AUGGCAGAACAAUGGGUGUCGACUGGAAAGCGAUUCUGUGAAAUUUGCAAGGUCUGGUUCGGAAACAACAAAGCAUCACAGGACCAUCAUGAUCGUGGAGAGCGACACAAAGCAAUGCUCCAGCAGCGGAUUCGAGAGACGAUGCAGAAGGGAAAGAAGCAAGAGCUGGCUGACGCCAAACUCAAUGGGACAUUGGCUAGAAUGGAGGCUGCAGCAGCCGCUUCAAUGUCUAGAAAUGGAGAAGGGAUCGUGGCGGGACCCAGUUUACCAUCCACUGGUCUUCGGAUGAAUAUUUUCGAUCCGAACAAGCAUAAAGAUGUGGGGUCCAUGGCAAGAGAGAUGGCGUCAAGGAGGGAGGCUGGAGCCAUGAAAAGAGGAGCCGCAGCACCUGCGGGAGCAGCUCCAGAUCUGAAAAUUAGCAAAGGAGAUGUGGUAUCAGCUUAUAGGGAUUUGACCAACCCUAAUGCCGCUGGACCUGCUCUUCCGGAGCACUUAGCCGUUGGAUAUCUCCCUGAAACUCAAACGCAAUGUGCUGAAAUCUCCUGGGUACGUGCUCGCAAUCCAGACGGCCCUGGUCACUAUUACUGGAACCUCUUCGAUAAUUCCACUAGAUGGGACACCCCGAAUCACUUCUACACCGAGCAACAGUACGAGGAGAAGUGUAGAGAGUUUGAGGAGCAGCGGAAGAAGAAUUACUAUGGAAUGGAUGAGGUGCAGGCGGUGAGGAGUGGGAAGAACGACGUCUCGGCGUUUAUUAAGAGUCAAUUGGCGAAGAAUGGGAUGGCAGAGCAGGUAGAGGCUAAUCGGAAGGAGCAGAACUAUACGGAUAGGCCUAGGAAGGGCCAGAAGUUGACCAAGGAGGAGAAGAAGGCGUUGUGGAAGGAGAAGUGUGCAGAGAGGGAAAGGAAGAGGAGAGAGGAAGAGGCUAAGGAGGAAGAAGACGUCGAAGAAGACGAUGAAGACGAUUACAGUGAUGAGGAGGAUGUAGACGAUGAAGAGGAAGAAUUCGAGAUCGUUGGAACCCCAGAACGUGAAGCUAUGAUGGACCAGGAAAAGGAUAUGAUGCUCCAAGCUCCGCCACCUCCGCCAGAAGAAGAGGAAGCUCCAGAACCCGAAAAAGUCCCUGAAAUCGGUCUAAUCGAGCCUCCAAAACCGUCAAUUCCGACCCCUGGCAACCCAUUUGGCGCUUGGGUUCGUGUAACCAAGGAGGAGAAGCAGGAGGUCUUCGAAUCUCCACUAACCGCCCGUUUCCGUGAAGAAGAGGCUCAACGAGAGGAGGAAGAGGAGAAGAAGAGGGCCGAGGAGCCGAAAUUCGAGUUUGGAGAGAAAACGGCGACGGUGAUGACUAAAAAGGUAAAAGGACCGAUUGAAUUCAAGAAGAAGGCUGGCGGCAGGAAUAUUCGCAAGCGAGAGGAUUGA